GUUUGGGAUGUUGUAUCCUGCAUAUUACUCAUACAAAGCUGUGAAGACAAAAAAUGUGAAAGAAUAUGUUCGCUGGAUGAUGUAUUGGAUUGUGUUUGCUCUUUACACCGUUACUGAAACAAUAACUGACCUAACAGUAUCUUGGUUCCCACUGUACUAUGAACUGAAGAUAGCUUUCGUUAUCUGGCUCCUUUCCCCAUAUACUAGAGGGGCAAGCUUAAUGUACAGAAAAUUUCUGCACCCGCUGCUUUCUUCUAAAGAAAGGGAGAUUGAUGAGUACAUCGUCCAAGCCAAGGAAAGAGGCUAUGAGACCAUGGUGAAUUUUGGAAAGCAAGGGUUGAAUUUGGCAGCAACUGCUGCAGUGACAGCAGCUGUAAAGAGCCAAGGGGCGAUAACUGAGAAACUAAGAAGUUUCAGUAUGCAUGAUUUGACUACUAUCCAAGGGGAUGAACCUGUAGGACAGAGACCCUACCAGACGUUACCAGAAGCAAAAAAGAAACCCAGAACCUCUGCAAGUGAAUCUUCAGGUUACAAAACACCGUUGGAAAAAGGUCCUGGAGAUGAUAAAACGGACGAAGAGGUGGAAGGAACACAUUCAGAGGACGAAAUGUUUGCUCAGAGAGGCCUUCGGAGAACUCAGAGCAUGAAAUCUGUGAAAACUAAAGGUCGUAAAGAGAUACGCUACGGAUCACUGAAAUACAGAGUGAAGAAGAGACCUGCUGUAUACUUCUAA